CUUUAGAAUUCAUAUUGAAAUUUCUACUCCCAGCAUGCUUUUCGCGCGGAUCAGCUGAUCAGAACGAGCACGAAUCUGUUUUUCCCUAGGAAUGCAUGUAUGUUGGACCGGGAAGUAAAGCCUACGAAACAAACAAUGCUGAAACCCAAAGCGUUGACCCAGGUGUUGAGCCAAGCUAAUACGGGCGGCGUUCAGAGUACACUGCUGCUGAACGGUGAGGGCUCACUUCUGGCCUAUUCAGGUUAUGGUGAUAAGGAUGCCAGAGUACUGCAGCUAUUGCAAUCUUUAUUGAAGGUGUAUCCUAAAAAUGGACAUAGAUCUAAGUACAAUAAAGCAUGCUUAUAAUUCUUUUGUAAUAUGACUUAUUUACAGGAGGGUAAAGUGGCCAUUACAAAAGUUGCCAAUUUAUUGUUGUGUAUCUAUGCUAAGCAGUCUGUUGGUUUUGGUAUGUUGAAAGCAAAGGCAAAGGCACUAGCAGAUUAUUUGGAAGAACCACUCAAACAGGUUGCAGCAUCAUGACAAUCGUAGACAGUCACCAAACAUUCUGGUUUUAGAAAUGGAACUUCCAAUUUCUGUUCACCGGAGCCGGGUGGUCUACCAGUGUAAACCAAAAAUUCACCCCUUAUAUUCGUUAUUGCUUUAAUAGAAACCACAUUCCACUAGCAGCUACACUUCUAAUACAGUUUUUCAUUAGAAAUAUUUUUGGCAACAGGUCCAUACUGAGUUUCAUGCAUAUAAAAAUUCAUUAAAAUUGGUCUGCAUAUCCAUGGUACAGAUUAUUUUUUUAAAUCUGUAGGGAAGAGAUAAGAGUUCAAACAGGUUUUAUUGUUACUGGUGACCACCAUAAAGAAUGGGAUGGCAAUAUUGCAGUACAAGACACUGUUUUGCUAAUAUGCCUAUUUUGUUACCAAAACUGUCUUGUAGUCGGAGUAAAUACAGCUUGUAAUACAAGAAGUAUUACCUCAAUUACAAAAUUUCGUCAUGUACAUCUUUUUACUACUUUCUCCAACAUUGUUUGUCUUGUAGUGGACGAACUAUUCAAUGUUGUAACGCAAACACAAACAAUAUUUUAGAUACUUACUGUUACUAUUAAUUUGGGUUCUGUCUGGAGACAAUAUAUGGUAUCAUACGUAUGCACAUCUAUUUUGUCUGAUUAGAUUAAUAUUGGCUACAUCCCAAUUCUUCAAAGACUGGGUAGAUAGAUUUAAAUCAAAUUUAGUAUACCGAUAGCUACAGUAUGUAUGUUGUUUUUUGAAGUCUGAUUCAAGAUGGCCUAUCAGCUUCCAUUUUGUUUAAAGAAUAAAUUUACCCUCAUAUUUUUUUUAGGGAAACCAAUGACAGAGUUGAAUUGAAACAUGUAUCAUUGUUGUCAAUAAAAUAUUCAA